AUGGAUGAGCUACGCAGGGUGCUGGAUUUCUGCAUCCGCCACCAGACCGUUCUGGGCUACAGCAUGGUGUCCCUGCUGACAGCUGCCAGUGAGCACAUCUUCUCAAUUGUGGUAUUCAAGUGCCCCUGCAAUUCUGGGAACUUGCUGUACGGCUCUGUUUUCCUCAUCGUGCCUGCCAUCAUCCUCUUUCUGCUUGGUUACAUGGUGAACACCAGGACGUGGCUCCUGCUGACAGGCAGCUGCCCUCCAGAGAAGUGCUGCAAUUCCUGCAAAAGCUGCACCCGCUACUGCUGGGUGCUGGUACCAGUGACAGCCAGAGCCGCAGUGGCCCCCCUCACCUGGAUUGCGGUGGCCCUGCUCGGAGCCAGCUUCUACGAGUGCGCGGCCAGCGGGAGCGGAGUGAUAAAGAAACUCAUAUGUAAAAAUAAAGGACAAGAGUGCCACGAACUGCUGACCAAAGUACCCUGUGGUGAGAAGUUACCGGGUGAAUUACUCAGCCUUCAGGCUCAGUCCCAGCUGAUAGGGUGGUUCCUGAUAGCCCUCAUCAUGAUCGUGGCCCUGAUUUUGACAUGUCUCACCCGCUGCUACUCCCCAGUCAGCUAUCUUCAGCUCAAGUUCUGGAAAAUUUACUCAAAAAAGGAACAGGAGCUCUUUGAGAUCAAGGCUAAAGAGCAUGCAACCCAGCUGGCAGAAAGAAAUAUGAAUUGCUUUUUUGAAGGCACUGACCCAGCACGGUUUCAGACUCCCAGCAAUGAAGACUGGCAGAAGAUUUCAGUCGUGUACACCUUCAAUUCAAAUGAACAGCAUUACAGCAUGAUACACAAGUACGUUAACACAAACAGAGGCAACAGCGUCGGAUUUGGGCAAGGAGAUCAGAAUCCCCCUGUUUUAGGGUUUGUGGAUGAAGCAAACGCAAGUGAAUCAGGGUUUUAA